CCCAUUGGUCCCCUGACGCGUUGAGAAAACCAUACUCGUCUCAGAACUUUACGCUACCAAGAGUUUUAACACGGUCGCAUGCGGCUGUAAUGAACGUAAAAGUUUCAUCGUCUUGUGGCGGAAUUUUGCCAGCCAGAAGUUUCAGUCUGGGAUACAAGGGCGUCGCUAGAUCCCGGCAUCAUUUCCAGUAAUUAAUCUAGUCCGAAAAUCGCGAAAUAGAAUUUUUCCAAACGCGGUGAAAAUCGGCGCGUCAGACCAGCUUUAGAAUUUGUUUGAAAUUAUUCUCGAACGACUAAUAAAUGACUCGCAGCGCGGUGUGUGGGUUAUUUUUGUUAUAACUGUUCUAAAAACAUCGACGCAUCGCGUAUGUAUACCGGCGUGAUGUCAGAUUUCACUUCUGAACCGGUGACAAUAUUCCAUGUCGUCAUUUCGAUUAUUCGCAUUAACGAUAAGGUGAUUACCGUUUAUACCAAUCAGCUCAUAUAACUCGAGUUCGCAUAAAUGAGAAAACCCAAAUAUACCUGUCCAGGAAUACAAAGGGCGGUAAAAAUCCAAUGGUAAUUUCUCUCUCUCAUCUAUUACCUCGUCGUAGAUCGGCGACCAUAAUAAGCAUGCAUCUUCUAUUCCUAUGGUGUUUCGUACCCUCAUAUACUCACGUGCCUGUGACCUUCAAAAUGCAUUCAUUCUAAAUAAAUUUUUAGGGUUGCACCAAGCAUCGUUUUACCCGAGUAAUUUCAACCGGAUGCCUGAAGUCGACGCUCGCUGAUGCACCCAACGCGAUGCUCCAGUAUUUAUAGGAUCCACCAGUUGAGAAGUAGCUUGUGUAAAUUGUUCCUUUUCUUUAAAUCUUCUAUUUAGUCUCAGGAGACUGUACAUAGGCGUACUACACGUGCUACCAAUCGCUGGGGGAGGACGUAUGUACCAUGAGAGUAGAUAUUGCAUCUACUACAAUGCUUGUACACGUAGUCAGACAAGAAUUUUCAGAAUUGAGAGCCGACGUAGCUCAAAAUUGAUUUCCCAAAAUCUAAUAAGGUUUGGACUUUGAAACUUUGAAUUUGAGCAAUGAAAAAUCAAUGAUUGUUCUGUCAUAUUACUUUGUAUUAAACGAGUGCAGAUGCCUCUGAAAAUUCCCCUUCUUGGAUCGUACUUUCGCGAAAGUGCCAAAAAAUUAUUUCAUUCCAAUAUCUGUACUCUAAAAAUAAUUGACCGCAAUGACCUUGCGUUGUACACAACGGGGAUGAAAAUCAAUGUUAAAAGUGGUAUAAAAGUACAAUCACAAAAGCGUCGUUUCAUUUACAUAUCGUGAAUGUAUACUAUGUAGGUAUAGUGUGCAUAAUAAUUAUUACAAUACUUAACUGAAGAAUCCGCGGGACAUUUUAAUUGGAAGUAUUAUAUAAAAGAAGUUGUAAAUACGAACCAAAAUUAUAAAAAGAUAUUUAACAUUCUUUGAUAGUCUGAGAUACUGAGCUUACGUUUACGAACACACGUAAGUUUAUUCAGUCAUUGCGAGUGGGUAGAUUGGCCAUUGUGGGUGUAACGCGUGGGUAAUGAUUAGAGGUCGUAGCCUUUUAUGUGUACGUUCAUGGCUUUUACCAACGUUCAAAUUUUGGUCGUUCUUUCAAAUAAUUUCAUUAACUAUGAUCCUGUUCAAUAUGUACUGUCUUAUUCAUUUUCCAUUAAUAGGUUUAUGUCGCUGACAUUGGAGAUAGAAAAUUUUAGAAUCUGGUACACACAGAGAUAUAUUUCCCCAAUGGAUCAUCGCGAAGUAUCAGCGCGGUUGGGUCUGAAUUUGAAUUCUAGUGUAGUUUAAUUAUUCAAUUGUGUGCCGUACAGGUGAUAUAGCUGCUGCCCAUAUCGUGCGUGAACCAAAAUCAGCGGCUCACGAGUGACGUGGUCAUACAUCCUCUUCACCAUAUACGGCGAUGAGCUCACCAGAAGGCGUCCUCGCCCCGCCAGACGAGUGUUACGAUCGUGGUUACGACACCUACAGUACGGCAGACAGAACAUAGAAAAAGUUAAGAAAAGUAACGGAACUUGGGAGUCGGAUGAAAGCGAAGAUGAAAGUGAAGGUUCAAAAGAUGUGGAGGGUGCUCCAACUCCGUGCACCAUUACAAAAAAUUGCAGGAAAUACAGUGCGACGGAAAAAAAACUGAAUGGAGUUUUAGGAAAUUCGGUCAUUGCAAGAUCCAAAGAUUUGAUAAUGGUUCCUGAACCAGAUAUGAAUAAUAAGAACCAUUCCAAUCAUAACCACAGUAAUUCCUAUGGAAAUUCUCUAGAAGUGAAUGGUAACAAAGAGAGUAGUUUACCAAGAGAGGAUUCUUUUGAAACUCUAAAGAGAGAAUUCGAUACAUCGACUUGUUUGGAGUACAUAAAAGCAGGGGUUGAAGCUAUCAUUGAAGAUGAAGUCACUUCUAGGUUCGAGGCUGAAGAACUCAAGAACUGGAAUCUUUUAACAAGAACUAAUAGACACUACGAAUUUAUAUCGUGGAGACUGACCGUGAUAUGGAUGUUUGGAUUUAUCAUGAGGUACUUCUUUCUGCUACCAUUGCGGAUUCUCAUUUGCUGCAUUGGGGUAUGUUGGCUGGUAACUGCAACAUUUCUUAUUGGUUUCUUACCACAAGGAGCAAUCAAGCGUUGGUUAAACGACCGAGCUUUUUUAAUUACCUUCAGGAUAAUGCUUCGAUCUUUAUCGAGUAUCAUAACUAUACACAAUCCAGAGUAUAAACCAAAGGGAGGGGGAGUUUGUGUCGCUAAUCAUACCUCGACGAUCGACGUCGGUGUUUUAUCUACUCAGUCAACGUUUGCAUUGGUGAUGUGGCUGACGGCGUGUACCGCAGUUGUAGGAUAUGUACCAGAAGGUAGCUUCAAAAGAUGGCUGAAUCACAGAGUUUCGAUAAUGUGCUUUGGUGUUCUAUCCAGCGCUCUUUCCUCUGUAAUCAACUACCACAACGCAGAGAAUAGACCGCUAAGGGGCAUUUGCGUCGCAAACCACACAUCUCCUAUCGAUGUACUUGUUCUCAUGCGCGAUAACUGUUACUCUUUGAUAGGACAAAGACAUGGCGGAUUCUUGGGAAUCCUGCAACGUGCUCUUGCUCGAGCUUCGCCUCAUAUUUGGUUUGAACGAUCAGAAGUGAAGGACAGAGAAGCCGUGACCAAGAGGUUGAAACAGCAUGUGUCAGAUCCCUCAAAUCCACCGAUACUAAUCUUUCCCGAGGGUACCUGCAUCAACAACACCUCUGUAAUGCAGUUUAAAAAGGGCAGCUUCGAAGUCGGUGGAGUAAUAUAUCCCGUUGCGAUAAAAUACGACCCAAAGUUUGGGGAUGCUUUUUGGAAUAGCAGUAAAUAUUCCAUGAUACAGUAUCUGUAUAUGAUGAUGAGCAGCUGGGCGAUAGUCUGUGAUGUUUGGUAUCUGCCACCAAUGUACAGGCAGGAUGGAGAAACUGCGAUUGAUUUUGCUAACAGAGUAAAGGCUGUGAUAGCCAGGCAAGGAGGUCUCGUCGAUCUUCAAUGGGACGGCCAGCUAAAAAGAAUAAAGCCAAAGAAGGCCUGGAGGGAGAAGCAACAGGAAGAAUUUAGUAAACGAAUUAAAUUUGAGUAGGCUCGAAAUAACAAACCUCAUAGCCAUGAAACAAAAUCAAGCGCUGCAAGGCCAGUAGAGAUUUCAGGGUAAAUGCAGCGUGAAAUGUGCAGUGUGAUACAUGGGAAUCAUUAUUGAGGUUUUGUUUUCUAAUCCCGGCAGAAACUCGAUCCGUAUACCGGUCUGUAAUUGUUCACAUUUAAUGUUCCACGUGCAUUUACAAGUCAGCAUCAAUGAAAACGUAUGAUUAAUUCAGCCUGUGCAACCAAAGUUUUGUAAUAAGAAAAUUUAUUCAUCUCCUUCGAAGAAAAGCAACAAGGAUUCAUCGUAACAUCAACAAAUUGAACAUACUAUGUCGUUGCAAAGAGGCAGUUUUCCAUAAGCGCAACAUGUGCGCAAUUAUUUAUUGAAAAAAUAAUAUUUUCUUGAUUCCUGCCAAUUACGGAAUAAUGAACGUUAUUGUUCAUUUAUCUGUUCGACAAUCUGCAUGUUUUAUCAAGACAAUAUGCUUCUUGGCAGCAAUAAUAUUUUUUUUUUUUCAUUUAUUUAUUUAUUUUUUCUUUUUAUUUAAAUAAUAAUUAAACAGAGCCAAACAACUUUGUAUUAUUUAAAAAAAAAGCUCUCAGCUGGUACAAAGAGUUUGUCGUUCCGUUACGGACCCUGCACUAAAUCUGUACAUAAGUUAAUUUUAUUUCGCAAGUUGUAUUGUAAAAAAAUAUUGGUAUUGAAACAGUAGCGCUUGCCGAUUCAGUAACAAGGGUAUUUUUGCAGGUGAAUGUUCAGCGUAUUAUUUAUACAUAGUAAUAUAGUAAUUAUUGAUAAAUAAAAUCAAUGUCACAUAGCUGUACUAUACAAUAAGUGAGUGAAAAUGAUAAUUUCCAUGUACCGCCAGGGGAUUUUUGAAAUGGCAUUUGUUGUCUUUGUUCGUCAAUUUUUUUAUCAUUAUUCUCUUCAACAUUGCCGGAAUAAUUGUGAAUAUAUUUUAGUAAUUUCGGUAAACUAAUAAUUACCGAUCCACAAAUGUGUCUCGACGUCGAUAAUUUUUCUAUAAAAAAAAAAAGCUGAGUCUAAGUGACUGAUGUAUAGAUUGAAAAACAAAAGAGAGGAAAAUAUGUGCAUAAUGUUGUUUAGCUUCUUUGUAAUUUAGGUACUACGAGUAGGUACGGUAUUAUAUUUAUUAAUUUAUCAACGAAAUACAUUGGCUAGCCGCCGGUGGUUCCAGAGUGAAGAAAAAUCGCAAUGUUAUAAAAUUCUCAUUUCUUAAUUAACUUUGUUACCGCGAAGCCAAAAAUUCUUCAGAGAUAUUUUACUAUUUUUAUAUUAUUUGGCUUCCGUAAUGCGGAUCGUUAAGUCAUACAAUACAUCACAUACCUAUUCUGUAAUUUUAUAAUUCAUUAUCUCAACAAGCUAUGAGUUUAUCACAACUUCUCUCACUAACCUAUCGUAGUGUUCGAGUUUUAAAGUUCAUAAAUCUUCAUUCUAUUUUCUUUUAUUCAUUAGCAUUUUCUAUGAACUGAUUGCUCACGGUUCUUGGCAUGGGAGAAAACUUUCCAGUCAUUGUGAUUAUCUUUAUUUUAUCUGUAUCGUAGCAGCCGUCUCUUCUUGACUGACGCAGUAUCGUCAUCACAUUACUCAUUAGUUGUCUGAGUUAAUAAAUUCACAGUAAUAAUAAUCACUUUGAUAAAUGUGUGUGAGAUAGUAAAGAGAAACGCUUAUCUUAUAACGAACUAAGAGAGUAUGCGACGUUUACAAUGCAAAAACUAUUAGAUUAGAACACUAAGAAAGAAAAAAAAGGUCAAAUUUGGUAGAUGGUGACAAAAAUAUCUAAAAAUAUAACGAAUUUUUGAAAUGUUAGUAGGAAUCAACUGAAGAAAGAAAGUUCAUUAUAGAUUCUUAGAUUUUUUACAGAAACGUAACUUUUGAGAGACUUAUCACAUUACUUUCUAAUGAAAUGGUAUUUAUUGUCGGGUAUAUUUUUGAAAAAUAGGUACUUAUACAAUUUUUGUUGUCAACGUAUUUUUGAACGCGUACCAAAAUAUACUUACCGUCUAUACAUGAAUAAAACCCGUAUCCAGAUCACCUUCAACACUGGCUGCCUGAAAAUUUAUAAAAUGAAAAUAAAAUCGAAGCUUUCAACAUGAUAAUUUCUUCAAUAUUGGAGAGUUUUGAAUGUUUGAUAAAUCUUGAGAUUUGAUUCCGAUCAAACUAUGUGAACUAUUAUAUCAAGUGAUAAAAAAAGAAAUAUAAAUGUAAAAUGAUAUUUAUAAAGUUUGCUCAUGAUUAUUAUAGACUUAUUUUUGUUAUAAUUUUUCAGUCAUCCGAAUGUAUCAAUUUGCAUACUUACGUAUGUGAGAAUGGAUAAGAUAUAUCAAUUCCUAUUGUGUAGCAAUGUGCCAUGAAGUCAAUUUCGUUGCUGGUGUCAAAAGUUAAAGAUAAGUUUAUACUAGACCAAUUUUUCUAUGGUGCUUGAAAUUUUUUAUCUUUUUUCUUCUGCACUAUUUUAGUCUUCAUUAUACGUGAAUUUUGAUACGGUUUUUUCCGCUGUUAAAGGAGCUGAAAAAAAGGCUAAUCGAAGGAGUCGUAGGCAGCGUUUAGAGUUUGAAUAUCCGACUGCAAGUAAUAAUGGUUAUUGAUAAUUAAAAACAGCGAUUUUUUUUCAAACUCUAAGAGAAAUCUAGUGUUAUGGAAAUCACAAAUGUACCUCAACCUGGUAAUAUAAUUCCAAGUGUUACUUUGUAUUGCCUCACCAAGCAAUUUUUUGUAAUAUACAUACAUACUUAUAUUAUUGUACUACUAUCAUAGUGAAAUAAAAUCGUUGAUGUUGAA